AGUCUAGCUUGCGUCCCACCUUUCAACUUCCAGGAAAAUGUCGCGGUGUGGAUUCCUUGUUAUUUUUGCUCAAAAUUCAACGAGCAACGAAAGUUGAUAAAGUCAACAAUAGGUAGGACAGAGAUGCUUCGUAGUAAUUGAUGGCGGUCGCUCUAGCCUCCAGGCUUGGUACUCUGCGCUAAUGCUGCACUUCGCUGGUCCGAGCUCCUUCACUCGAACUUUUUUUCGCAACCGCAGACAUGCCCACCAUCCCACGAACGACAACACAUAAUUAACUUCGAUAUGGCUCCAGAAGAUCUCAAGACCAAAAAGCGCAAGGGCGCCACUGAGGCUGCACCUAAACCCAAGAAACAGAAGAAGGUGGAUGAAACGACGACCCUACAGAAGGCCUCCGCAAAGGCGAUGAGCGCCGCCGUCCAGCCGCUCGACGACAUUGCAGUCAAGGUCAAGACUCCGCGCAAACGGGCCGUGGACUUCUGGGACGAAGACGCCGAGGUCGCAAAGCAGAAGGAGAAGAAGAAGAGCAAAGCUUCUGCGAAUGCCGACGGAGAUGACACUGGAAAGAAGUCGAAGAAGGCCAAGGUCGUUGAGGAGACUGUCGCAGAGGUCACUGUUGAGGAUUGGACACCCAAAUCAAAGAAAGCCAAGUCUGCCUCUAAGAAGAAGGAAGAUGCGGUUGUGGAGGAACCUGCCGAUUCAGAAGACAGCGACGCCGAGAACGAGGAUGACCAGACAGCAGCUCUGCUUGCUGGCUUUGAGAGUGACCGCGACGAGGAUGACGAAGACAAUGAGGGCGGUGUCGCUCUCGAGGCUCCCAAGAGCAUUCCCGAGAACGCUCGCAAAGCAUUGGCUGCCUCCAAAGGCGAAGAUGAUCAGCCCGGUGUUGUCUUUGUUGGUCGCAUCCCCCACGGUUUCUACGAGCCCCAGAUGAAGGCAUACUUCAAGCAGUUCGGAAAGGUCAAUCAACUCCGCCUAUCACGCAGCAAGAAGACCGGCGCCUCAAAGCACUACGCCUUCGUCGAGUUCGCCUCCUCCGAGGUCGCCGACAUCGUGGCUAAGACCAUGAACAACUACCUCAUGUUCGGCCACAUCCUGCAGUGCAAGACCAUUCCCGCAGAGCAGGUCCACCCCAACCUCUUCGUUGGCGCCAAGGGACGUUUCAAGCGCAUGCCGCGAAACAAGAUCAACGGAGCGCAGAUGGCGCGCGGUGCCGAGAGAGAUGUCUGGGAGAAGAGGGUGGAGAAGGAGAACAAGCGCAGGUCACUCAGGAACAAGGCUCUCAAAGAGCAACUCGGUUACGAGUACUCAGCGCCUCAGGUGAAGGCUGUAGCCACCGUUCCCAAGAAGGCGAUCACUUCCGGCGACGCAGCUGCACAGCAAUUGCUACUCGAGGCACCGGCCGGUGAGGUCACGAUCCUCGAGACGGAAUCGCAUCCAAACGGCGUGACAGUCACUGAGACCGUCAAGGCCAAGAAGUCAAAGAAGGGCGCAAAGGGAAAGGUCGAGACUGACGCUGCCCCGGCGACCACCGAGGUCGUUGAGGUCACCGAGGCCGUCGAGACCACCACCACCGAGAAGAAGGGCAAGAAGGGAAAGUCUACCACGACUGUGACUGAGACAGAAGAAGUCAAGGCCGUCCCAGCGGGCAAGGAUGAGGUCGUCAAGACCAGGAAGACCAGGAAGUCUCUCGACAACGCCGCUGAGGGCACCACCCCUGAGAAGAGGCAAACCAGGUCAAGGAAAGCUAAGGCUUGAGAAGUAUGAAUUCCAAAAUGCAUCGUAUUGGUUUGAAUUUUGUAGCUGUCUAUCUGUCCACAUGUGUUAGAUUUGAUACCUUGCUUUAAGGGGACGGCACAAUACCGGCGCCAGGGGGUAUGUAGCUUAUGUUGAUGAAAAAAAAUCUUUUCUUAUGGGUUACCAAAAUGUCGAAAGAAGAAUCU